AUGGAGAAAAAUGCAGACGUGCAUCGAGACACCGUCGGGAGCGACAACAUCGGGGCGGGCACCGGCGACGCUCUUGCAGCGGGAGGUGGGAAAGGAGCGGCGCAGAAAAGCACACACAGUGAGGCUCGCCUCAGUACUUUGCUGGAUAAAGAUCGCUGUAAAAACAGCACGGCUGAGGAGUCUAGCACCCUUCACGUCAACCCCGGCGCGUGCAGGUGUGAUAUAGCGGAGGUCCUGGAAGUCCUGGCCGAACAGGGGGCGAGGAAUAACGCCGAGUCGAGGGACUCGCGGUCUGGAGAGCAGCAGAUCAGUAACGGGAUGGGGUCGGAUCCAGAUAAAGAGGGUGGUGCCUCAAAGUUAGUAAACAACCAAAUCGACGGGCCGUGCUCAGGUGCGGCCGAGAAGGAAAGCGAACCGACCAAACGUGCAAAACCUACCCAUCUAUGCCCGGGUAGGACGAUCCCAGAGGACUUGAGCGCCCCGCACGCCUUAUCUGAGGGGCUGGCGAGCGGCAGCGACCUGGACCCGGACGCCAGCCUCGGGGGUUGCGAGUCCCGAAGCCUGGACUCACUGGACGAGUCAUUUUCCAAGCUCAACUCGUGCCCCAGUUCGGACUUGAACAGCGAGGGCCUGGAGGAGCGAGGGCUGGCCCUGGCCCUGCAGGGCGAAUUCGGCCUGGAUGGCAUCAAGGCGACGUGCGCCAAGGACCGAGCGGCCGGCCAGUCGAUCUACCACAUCAAAUGGAUCAAGUGGAGGGAGGAGAACACGCCGAUCAUCACCCAGAACGAGAACGGCCCCUGCCCGCUGCUUGCCAUCAUGAACGUCCUUCUGCUUGCCUGGAAGGUUAAGAUGCCGCCGAUGAUGGAGAUUAUUACAGCCGAGCAACUGAUGGAAUAUCUUGGAGACUACAUCCUGGAAACCAAACCCAAAGAGAUCUCUGAGGCCCAGCGACUAAAUUAUGAACAGAACAUGAGCGACGCCAUGGCAGUGUUGCACAAGCUCCAGACAGGCCUGGAUGUGAAUGUGAAGUUCACAGGCGUGCGAGUUUUUGAGUACACUCCAGAAUGCAUUGUGUUCGAUCUGCUGGAUAUCCCCCUCUACCACGGCUGGCUAGUGGACCCCCAGAUGUGCGACAUUGUCAAGGCAGUGGGCAACUGCAGCUACAACCAGCUGGUGGAGAAGAUAAUAUCCUGUAAACAGUCAGACAACAGUGAGCUGGCAGGCGAAGGCAUUGUGGCAGAGCAGUUCCUGAGCAGCACAGCCACUCAGCUCACAUACCACGGCCUGUGUGAGCUCACAUCCACCGUGCAGGAGGGUGAACUCUGCGUCUUUUUCAGGAAUAACCACUUCAGCACCAUGAUUAAAUACAAGGGUCAGCUAUACCUACUGGUGACCGAUCAAGGUUUCCUGACAGAAGAGAAGGUCGUGUGGGAGAGUCUUCACAACGUGGACGGAGAUGGCAAUUUCUGCGAUUCCGAAUUCCGGUUAAGGCCUCCGUCGGACCCGGAGACGGUGUACCGAGGACAGCAGGAUCAGAUAGACCAGGACUACCUGAUGGCGCUAUCACUACAGCAGGAGCAGCAGAGUCAGGAUCUGCAAUGGGAGCAGCUGCCCGGAAUCAGCGACCUGGAGCUGGCCAAGAAGCUGCAGGAGGAGGAGGACCGCCGAGCAUCGCAGUACUACCAGGAACAGGAGCAAGAGCAGGCAGCGGCGGCGCAGGCGCAGGCUCAGCAGGAGGCCGCAGAGAGAGACCAGGCGGACAGAGGGCCAGCGGGAGUUGAUGGUCCCGCAGCUGGCGCUGAGACGGUCGCAGCAGCGGCCGCCGCUGGCCAGGCCACGGCCAGCCCGGGAAAACAGUCGUCUAGCGGAGAGCGCAAGGCCAAGAAGGAAGCCAAGGAGAAAGACAAAUGUGUCAUUUUGUAACGUCAAGCGAGCGUAUGGCAAGCCGUUUGAGCUUAUAGUUCAUUUGCGUCAUAUUCAGUCCUUGCGCUAGUAACCAGUGGGACAAUUUAGUAGCCCGCAAUGGUCAAACGGCUUUCCAUGAAGCCAUGCGAGCAUUUGUUCAACGCUGCCAAAUAGUCUCACUAGUUGAUGGGCCUUGGAUAUGAAGGAUAUGGACUAAACGCUCAAUGGGUUUGCCAUACGUGCGUGUUUUUGGCGAAGGAAGGAGACGCACUAGGAGACGCUCACAAGAGGAUUUGCUUCCCAAACCACUGGUGCCUGCUAGCCUCCAUCCUCAGCGGACCACAACGCGCCCCCGUCCGUCCCCCCACGGGAGUCAGCUUGACCGAGGCAGCGGAACUUUGUUACCAAUUGCCAUACUGCAUUAUAUUGGUCACAAAGGCAAUCUUUUUUUUAGGAAAAGACAUCAUUUCCGGAAACUAAACGUCACUUGUGUUCUCGUUACGACAAACCUUUGAACUUGUCUUGUUUUUUUUGUUUUUUUUUACAGUUCAUCUGCUUUAUGUAAGUAAGCUUGUUGAUGCCAACAUUUAUUUCGUAAUGUUGCCAGUUAACGUUUUACACUAAAAAGUGUGGAAAGCAAUUUGAAUAUUGCAUUCUACUACACUCCAAUGUCGAUUUGAAUUUGAUUAAUUGUUCAACCCUACUAUGUACUAGUUCACACUUGAUUCUCACUAGUAAGCCAAUUCAGUGCGCUAAUAAAAUGAGUUUCACUAGAAUUGGAUUUUUUCCACUGCUAGAUUCACUUCUGGACUACAAGUAUGCAAACAAGCAUGACUAGUAAACUAAUGUGCUGCGCUAGUAAUACAGCUAGGCAUGUGUUACACACUAGUAGCCAGCUGCACAAUAGUAGGAAAACUGUUCCGAGUGAGGCAAAACUAUGCAUUGGUUGACAAAUGUGCGCUACCAGUGACAUAAAAUUGUACUUGAUAACAUCUCGUGCUUCACUUAGUAGGACACAGAUGUCAACUAGUGGACAGGUUUGUCUCAACAGCAAUUCACAACUGUCUAUGUUGUAGUUGCAGGCAGGUAUGUCAGAUAGUGCUCAUUCUACUAUUCAGCUGAUUGCUCUUAACUGUGAGAACUAAGAGUGGACAAGUACAUGGACCUCAAGAUGGCUCAUGGAUAUUGACUCAAUGCUCAAACGACUUUGUAAGAGAUUCUUCUCUACUAAGGACUGUUGGGCCACACGGGGAGAAAUACUGCAAUAAAAAUAGAAAUCCUGGAAUUACAUGAUUAAAAUGGCAAAGAAUGGAGUGAAGAUACAAUUUUAAAAAGCCAUAUAGUAGACAAAUGAAGGUGUGAUAUCACGAGAAAAACGUGAAUAUUUUAGGGGAAAAAUUGCAGAAUGAUGUAAUAAUCCACGAAACAAACAAAUAUCUUGUAAUUUUACUUUUUCCCUCCCUUAUUCUCUUAAUUAUAUUUUCUCCUUGUAACACCACACAACCUUUUUCCAUGUAUUUCAUGACUUCAUUCUUGUAACAUUACAACUAUUUAUUCCAACGUAUAACUUUUUUUCUCAAAACAUUACGACGCCAUCCUUAUGAUUGCUUCCUACUUGUUUUAUAUCUCACUGUUACAUGUAAGAUUACACCUAUUCUACGUCACAACUUUAAUCUCGUAAUUCUACCACCUUUUUAAUUAAAAUUAUUACAUUUAUUCUUGUAAUAUUAUGGCUAAAUUGUAACAUUACAAUUAUUUAUGGUCGUACUGUUCCAAAUUCUUGUGAAAUUCGGAGUAUAUUCUGAUCAAAUCGUUGCUACUCAGUGUGGCCCAAAUCCUCCUUUCGAAUAUUCGGGUUUGUCUGUUUUGGAAACACAAUGCAGAGCUUUUGUGUGCUCACUGAAGAGGUUCUGAUCCCACAACUGUGUACCUUUUUUAUUUUAGCACAGUUUGGCCUUACAUGAAUGUGUGUGUCAUUGCGGUCUGCUCACUUUGAAUGUCGUGUAUUGUCGAGUAAAGUAUUCGGUUUGGAGAACAGCCAAACAUUUAUCACAAUACUAGUUCCACACUUUUACCAUGGUGAAUAAUUAUCCAAAUGUUUCUGUGGCACAACCGGACGGGACGGGACGUUGGCGACUGAAUGAACUCUCUAUUGUCCCAUUGUUGUGUCGAGGUGAAGAAGUAGAACCCUGGUCAUGUAAAGCUGUAGCCAAUCACAUACAUGUAUGGAAAUCCCUUUCAGCAUUUAGUACACUUGACUUGUUUUGUCUCACUACUAACAUGUAGUUGACUAUACGUCAGCGCUGCCCAACUUGUCUGUCAUAUAGCAGUGAAAUCAAAUAUUACAGGUAAAGGUACAUUUGUCCUCCAUAGCGCACGAGCACAUCAUGGAUCUUAAGGUGGAUAUGGAAGAAAUACUGAAACGGCUUUCCAUACAGAUGCAUUUCGCCAAGACUGUAUAUAUUUCUGACAUGCAUCUGCAAGAGGAUGCUCCUGAGACCUUUUUAUAUCAAAACAUUCCAGUCGGAUGCCUUGACUCAAGAGGACAGAGGUGGGAGGGGGCGCUUUUUUUUUUUUUUUUUUUUUUAGUACAAGGCGCCUUAUGACGUUUUUCUAGGACAAAUCCAGGCGUUCGAGCAGUGUGAGACAAUCCACCAACAUGCCAACUACUCAGGCCUUCUUGUGAAGAUAUACUAUGCUAGCUCUUUUUCAAGCUUUGUAUGGGUGCACUUCCUCUGGCCUGCAGUCUUGCUGAACUACUCUUGCACACACGAUGGAGCACGUUUGAUUUGUAGACUUCACUCGGAACUAAAGCUGCUCAUGCAUGCGGACUACCUAAAAAGUACAAUGAACCCCUGUUGUUUUUUGUGUUGGUUGAAAGGGAACCAAUGAGUGAGUUGAAGAGCUUCACGUAGGGCUUUGCCAUCAUUUUGAUGCCAAUUAACUAUGUUGAAGUGAGGUCAGCGUUUUUUUGUUUUUUUUUUAAAGUAGUCGCCAUCUUGGUACAAAGGAACUACGUUGGAGUUGAGAUUUGUGUAGAGGCAUCUUGAGGGUUAGGAACUAAAUGCAAGUGUGUAGUUGCUGCCAUUUUGGUGCCAAUGAACUAUGUCGAAGUUGAGGAGCUUCAUUUAGUGAAAGAAGCACUUUGCCAUUAUCUUGUGACAACUUGGCACCGAGGAACUAUGUUGAAGUGAGUUGAGUAGCUUCAGGUAGUAAUUUAUUGCAAUCUUGGUGUCAUUUAACUAUGUUGAAGUGGAUUGAGGAGCUUCAGGUAGUUGUUCGGCAUUUAGAAACCAUUUGGAGGACGUUAAUUAGUCACGGCUGAAAUAGCAGGGGUUCAUUGUAAACUAAUACAAGCCUCCUUUCAACAGGGUUUAGCAAAAUUUCCAGUAUAAUAUAAAUUGUGAAAAUUAAUCUUGCCUUUGUAAUACAAAAUGACAAAAAUACAUAUAAUUCCGUUGAAAACACUACAGUGGCAUAAUGUAAUUUAUAGGUGAGUGCCAACUUGUUAUUGUGUUAUUAAUCACCUGAUAGCCAAUUUGAUGGGGCUGUUGGUUUGUUUGGUGAGACAUUUUGAUAAUGAAACGAUGGUGGGAGUUGCUUUGAAUGAGUGAGCAGAGCCUUUUUUUUUUGACAUCCCAGUCAUCAUCCCCAAACUUUCAUUGUGAUGACAAAUUAGUUGAUAGGAAAGACUGUGUGUCAAUGUGUUUAUUGUUUGCCUUGUAAAAAAAAAAAGGAAAAAAAAGUGAGGUCAAUUCUGUAAAAUGUGCAUUUCGACACGUUGGAAACUAAUAAGUGUAGUGGCUAUCAUUUGGUUUUUGAUAUGCACUAACAGCAAAGCAACAUACCUCAUUUUGUAUGGCUCAUAAGUGUGCAAAGGGCACUGUUGUCAUUUUGGGUACCUUUUAGAAUAUAUAAAAAAAAAAAAAAGACGUUAGUUAUCAAAACUUGGUAUUAGCCAGCUGAACUCUUAAUUUAUUAACAUAAAAAAAGGGCUGUUUUCAUGUUGUGGCUGUUGGCGACUAUUGCAAAUUGCUACAUUCAGGUUAGUGUGAACGCACUUCCAGGGGAACCGCAGCUUUGUGUUGACAGAAAUGAUUUAGUUCUCAUUUCCAUUCUUUUCAUUUCCUGUUGGACCCCGAAUUAUGUUUUUGCAGCAAACACUUGUAUCAACAACAGACUCAAUUCUGCUAAUUUUAUCUCUUUACAUAAAUGACCAAAUAAUGUAUGUAGCCUUUCGCAUUGCAGUCACAUUAUGUAUAUGGUGGUAAAUAUAUAUUUAACUAAAUGCCUUAUAGACGAAGGACAUUCAACCUGAUUAGAAUUGCCAAUAAAAGCGCAAUCAUCACUUCAA